UCUGUAGUGCAGCUCCUGCAGCUGACCUGGGCCUUGGCCACACCCUCUUCCUUCAGUCUCCAGGUGGCCUGGUCUCCCAGGGAUGUGUUGGCUUCUGCCCUUGCCCGCUCUUCUGCGUGAAGAUACAUGAAAAGCUCCAGGCUAGUCAGAGCAGCUGCGGAUGGACGAGAGCCUAGAUGGACAGACGCCGGGAAAGCGGUGAGUAACGGCUGGAAAGCCCCAGCCCUGCAGGAAAGGGACGCUGGGCGGGGCAGCCCUGUGGGCGAAAACGGUGGGACAGACAGACGCAGGGGAAGCUGCCCGCUCCUAGGGUGGGGCCACACGGCCGUGCAGGCGACCUGCGGGGUCUGAGCUUCCAGGACGCCCCCCCCCAGCCCCCAGCCUCCGUCCCGCUGUCCUCGCCCACCUCGGCCGCUUAUCUCAGGAGGGUCACGGUGGCGGUUCCCUCCCUGGGAUGCAGAGCCCCAUACAGACCCCCACCUGGCCCCCCAGCUGCUCUGGACAGAAGCCGAGCCCACCUCACCGGCCCUGCUGCCCGGGUGGGAAAGCAGGGUACCCAGACCCCGUCUGAGUCUCGGAGGCAGUGAGGAUGGGGUGGGGGGACAGGGAGAGGGGAGGAAGGAGACAGGGAGGGGACCAGGGUGGCCUCAGAACCCUAGGGCCUGACUCCGGGACAUGCCUGUCCCCUCCCACCGCCCCCAGCAUCAGCCCCUCCCGGCACCACCAGGCCCCUUCCAGGCAGCCCGCUGCACACUCCCACCCAGGCUCCUGACGCCAAAGCGUCCCCCGAUCUCUUCCCCUCACCGCUUCCUGGGGCCCCAGAGUGCACGGGCCCAGCCCCCACGUCUGAAGGGGAGCCGAGCCCGGAGGAGGGCGCUUUGUUCUCAGUUCCUCUGGUGGGGGCUGCCCUGUCCUCUGCGCCUCCCGCCUUCACCUGAGCUGUGCUCCGCGUGGCCCGAGGCCCUCCCCUCCCCUGGGCAGUGGCUGUCCCGCGAAAGCAGUUACUCCAUCUCACUAAGCCGCGGGCCUGGGCUCCGGCUUCCUGGGACACAGCCCCAGACGCGUGCAGAGAUGCGCGGCGCGUCCGCGCUGGCCCAGAUGUCCAAGCCGCUGCCGCGCCCGCCCUCAGCCGCCUCCGGUCCCGUGAAGCGGCUGCCCGCCGGCCCUCUCUGGGGACCCUGUGGGUGCAGCGUACGUGCCCUGCCGGCCUCACGCUGUCCCUUUUUAGAGCAGUAUUUUCGCCCAGGGAGAUGCCACUGGUCACCCAGCCGCUCCUUACCCGGAGGCCCCAGUGCAGCAGCCUGGGGGUGGGGAGAGCCCCAGCACAGUCCAGCCGAGGGACAAGGACCCCCCCCCCCACUACAUCCACCAACAGGAGCCUUCAGCCCCUCUUCCCUCAGGGGACUCUGGACAUUUUUACCCCCAGCAAGUGGCCAGACAUGGAAUGUUCUCAGGGGACCCCAAAGUGACUCAGGAUUGGAGGGUACUCACAGGAGCUCUGGGGCUGCUGAGCAAACCAGUCCACCUGGGAUUUCAGCUCCGUGGGUGGAGACCCACUCCUGUCCCCCCGCAGUGGAGGGACAUGGGACGCCAGGAUGCUGCCCCACCAGGGAAUGAGGGAGCCCGCCUGGGGGGGGCAUGGGGUGCCCCAGCGGAGUGUGGCCAGCAGACCCACCGUCCCCCAAACAGCACCUCCGCCAGUCUUUGGGGUCCUGGAAGCCCACCACGGUCCUAGCGCUGGGGCAGAGGCUCAGACGUCACGCGUGGUCCCUGUUAAGUUCAGGGUUCGCGCUGGGUCACUGAUAGCCUCCUGGUCCCCGAUCCAGGACUCCCCUGCCUUUAGCCUUUCGCUCCCCACUUCCCGCCUGGCGCCCCGCUUGGUAAUGUGGUUGCUGGCUUACCAUGGAACUGCUCUUAGGAAACGCGGGCUGUAAUCCUGAACCUCGGGCUGGGAGUUCACACCACUGACCUUGACCCUAAUCGUCGAUCUGACUGGGUUUCAUCUCCAUUUUACUGUUGGCUUCGUUUGUCCCCCUGGCUUUUGUCCCUCUUUCCUUGUUCUUAUUUCAAUGUUUGCCGUGUUCAUUUAAAUUUAUCUAUUGACUUUUUGGCUAGAUCUCUUCGUAAUUUUUUAAGUGGUUGCUUCCUGGUUAUAAUAGAACCCUAACCUUUCAGUCUACUUAGCGUUCAUAUUUUGUUAAGAUGUUUGACGUGGACCAUUUUUAAGGCCUUUAUUGAAUUUGUUACAACAUUGCUUCUGUUUUAUGUUUUGGUUUUUUGGCCGCGAGGCAUGUGGGAUCUUAGCUCCCCGACCAGGGAUCAAACCCGCACCCCCUGAACUGAAAGGCGAAGUCUUAACCACUGGACCCCAGGGAAGUCCCUAGGGUUCAUAUUUAGCACUUCAAGUAACACGUAGCAGCCUUACAACCACACAGACCCCUUUCCCUCCUCCCUUCUUUAAAGAUACUGUCCCACUGGCCCUCUGGCCUCCAUGUUGGUUCUUACAUUUUUGGUUGUUUUUAAAAAUUUUGCACCUGUUAUUUUGCGUCUGAUGUCUUUUCAAUGAAUAGACUUUCUAAGACCAGAUCUAGGUUUACAGAAAAAUUGAGCAGGAAGUACAGAGGGCUCCCAUCCCCUUCCCCUGGCUCGCAGGUUCCCGUCGCUAACAUCCUGCAUUAGUGGGGUGCACCUGCUACACCUGAUGGCCUGUGUUGCUACCUUAUUGUUAAUUAAAGUCCACAGUUUGCAUCAGGGCUCACUCUUCUUUUUAAUUAAAAAAAUUUUUAUUUAUUUAUUUUUGGCUGCAUUGGGUCUUUGUUGCCACGCGCAGACUUUCUCUAGUUGCGGUGAGCGGGGGCUACUCUUCACUGCGGUGCGUGGGUCUCUCAUUGCAGUGGCUUCUCUUGUUGUGGAGCACGGGCUCUAGGCGUGCGGGCUCAGUAGGUGUGGCUCGCAGGCUCCAGAGCACAGCCUCAGUAGUUGCAGCGCCCAGGCUUAGUUGCUCUGCGGCAUGUGGGAUCUUCCCGGACCAGGGCUUGAACCCAUGUCCCCUGAAUUGGCAGGCAGAUUCUUAACCACUGCGCCACCAGGGAAGUCCCCAGGGCUCAUUCUUGGUGUUGUACAUUUUGUGGGUUUUGACAAGUGUAUAAUGACAUGAAUCCACCAUUAUGGGACCACACAGAGCAGUUCCAUUGUCUUAAAAGUCCUCUGUGCUCUGUGUACCCAUCCCUCCUCCCCACAGCCCCUAGCAACCUUUUUCUGUCUCCAGUUUUGCCUUUUCCAGUAGGCCAUAUGUUAGUAUCACACACUGUGUAACCUUUUCAGACCAACUUCUUCUACUUAGCAAUACACAUUCAGCAUUCCUCAUGUCUUUCUGUGGCCUCCACGGUGUUGGAUGAGAAAUCAGUGGUCGUGUGAACUGCUCUUCCCACAUGUGUAAUGUAUCAUUUUUCUUUAGCUGCUUUCAAGACUUUUUCUCUGUCCUUGUUUCUUAGCGGUUUACUUGUGAUGUGUCUGGGCAUAUGGCGUUCUUCGACUUCAGCCUGUUUGCGAUUUGCUGAACUCGUGGAAACUGUACAUUUGCUUCUUCCCCCAAAUUCGGGACAUUUUGUGCUCUUAUCACUUCAGAUAUUUUUCUGCACCAUUUUUUCCUCAUCUCCUCUGGGACUCAAAUGACACAAAUGUUAGAUAUUGUCCCACAGAUCCCAAAGGCUCUGUUCAUUUUCUUUUUCAGUUUUAUAUUCCUCUCUGCUGUUUAGCUUGGAACUUUUCUGUUGAUCUAAGUUCACUGACUCUUUCCUGUCAUUGCCAUUCUGCUAUUAAAAGUUGUCGAUGAAAAUAAUCAAUAAACAAUCAAUAAUAAGACUAGAAAAGAGUUUUAUUUGAGUCAAACUGAGGACUAACCUGGAAGCCCACUUCCCAGAUUAUGCUGAGAAACUGCUCUGGAGAAGCAGGGUUUUUAGCAGUUUUCUAUCUUGUCAGAACAAAGAACAUUAGCAAGUCAGGGAUACAUUUCUUUAAGGUUUCAAAAAAAAAACAGACUGGCACGUACCCAGCGAAUCAGUGUGGACUUGGCACCUGAGAGGAAGGCUUAUCAUCAAAGGAGGACCAGUAUUGGCCUCCCAAGAAGAGGGGCAUUUAAUCUUUUCUUUUUUUUUUUUUGCGGUACAUGGGCCUCUCACUGCUGUGGCCUCUCCCGUUGUGGAGCACAGGCUCCAGACACGCAGGCUCAGUGGCCGUGGCUCACAGGCCCAGCCGCUCCACAGCAUGUGGGAUCUUCCUGGACCGGGGCACGAACCCGUGUCCCCUGCAUCGGCAGGCAGACUCUCAACCACUGCACCACCAGGGAAGCCCUAAUCUUUAUUUUUAACAUGGACAUUGUUUACUUCUGGUCAGUGUGCUCUUUUCUUUAAUAAUUAAAGCAGAUGUACAGUGUAUGUUCGAUAGGCCACAAACAGGCUGUUCUAGUCAGCAUCAAAAUCAAGUUAACUCAUGCAUAAGCCAGAACGGCUUUCCCGUAUCUCAAUAUGUGAAAAUUUCUUUUAUCAAAAUCCACCCAGUGACCUUUUAAAAUUUCAGAUGUUUUAUCUUUCAGCUCUAAGGUUUCUAUUCAGUUCUUUUUUGUUGUUCCUAUUUUUCUACCAAGAAUUUCUAUCUUUCCAUUCAUUUCAAGUGUAUUUUACUUUACCACCUGGGGCAUAGUUACAACAGGUGCUUUGAAGUCUUUGUCAGAGAACGCCAGCACCUGGGUCAUCUUGGGGGCAUCUAGCGAUUGUCUUUCUCUUGAGAAUUUUGUGGUUCCUUGUAUGUGGCGUAAUGUUGGAUUGCAUCCUGGACCUUUUCAAGAUUAUGUUGUGUAGACUCUGGGUCUUGUUAAAAACCUCCGGAAAAUGUUGGUUUUUCUUUUUCUUUUCUUUUUUUUUUUUUUGCGGUACGCUGGCCUCUCACUGUUGUGGCCUCUCCCGUUGCGGAGCACAGGCUCCGGACGCGCAGGCCCAGCGGCCAUGGCUCACGGGCCCAGCCGCUCCGCGGCAUGUGGGAUCCUCCCGGACCGGGUCACGAACCCGCGUCCCCUGCGUCGGCAGGUGGACUCUCAACCACUGCGCCACCAGGGAAGCCUGGUUUUUCUUUUUUUAAGCAAGCAGUGCAUCCACUUGGGUCAGACCAUAAGUUCCAUCUCACCUCCUGUGGGCCGUGGUCUCCAUCCCAGUUCAGCUGUCAAGGUCUUUGCUGUGCUGCUGUAGGUCAGUCCCAAGCAGGGUUCAGCAGAGAGCCCAGGAUGGGACCAGCUUCAUACACAGAAUCAGGAAUCCUCUUCUCCAGCUCCUUCCUCUCCAGGAUUUCUCCCACAGUCUUCAGCCCACGAGGACCGCUUUUCCUCUUCCUCUGUCCAAUGAUGGAGCUCCUCCCAGAGCGGGGGCUGCUCCUGUCUCACUGUUGUGAGUAGCAGGCUUUCUCCUUCACCAGGAGCAGAAGCCCACACUUGACGGUGCAAAGUCAUUUUAACUGGUGUAGCUGGUACAAUACUUUUAGGCCACUAGAUUCAAGUGUGUAAAAAUUGUAACUGUAUUCUUCAGAGAAUCGGUUUAACCUGUGUUUGGAAACCUCCAUUCCCACUGAUGGCAAGAAAUAAAUCUUAGUCAGAUCAGAGGAAACCAUGUCUUUUGUACUUUAUUACAUCUAGAAUUUUCUCUUUCCCCCAUCUUGCUGGUGAAUAGUGAUAUAGAGGUUGGUCAGUGGGUGAUUCUAGUGAGUUUCUGGGCUGCCUGGAGAUAGCGGUGGGAGGGGCUGCCGUGGUUCACCCUCCCAAAAACCUGUUCCGGAGGCAACUCCACGGGUGGGGCUCCAGCUACGAGGGGUUUGACUCCAGUUACAAAGCUGCCCCGGUGACCACAGAAGCCGUGUGCUGUCUGUGGGGUCUCUCUGGCCCUCCCAAAGUGCCAUGUAGGAUGGAGAGCAGUGGGGUGACCAGCUGCAGCUCCUGGAGACGACCACGUGCGUCCACCUGUGCCCAGGCCGUGCACACCCCUCGUGGGCUGGGAGCUCGGGGCCUGCAGGCAUCCUGCUGCUGACCUCCCCCUGUGGGCUCUGUCCUGAACUGUGGGAAGGUCAUGGGGUUGGUCAAGCCCAUCAUUUGCCUCAAAUCUGGGGGGCAGUGCCACAGCAGGUACUGGUGGCCAUCCCUGUGACCUGCCUGUCCUGGCUGUCCUAGAUCUGUGUAUGUUUUAGUUUACUUUAAAUCACCUAGUGAUUAAAUAAUUACAUAACCACUGUCCAUUCCUGCCCAAGUCUUCCCAUGCAAGGGGAGCUCCAGGAAGAGGGAUCAUGUCCACGUGGCUUCAUGCACUGCCUGGCACACCAGGGUCCACGGGGGGCUGGCCCUGAGACCCGGGCCCGUGAAUGCCACGCUCCGGCCGGCUCAUCUCUUGGGAGCAUUGAGGAUGUGGCUGUCAUUGUGCAGACUGAACAGAUGUUGGGAGAGGUGAUGGGACUCCAGAAGCUGAGCUCCAGCAGGGAUAGGCCGCAGACGCUGGGGUUUAACCCGGAAGCCCACAAACCUGUGGAGAUACGGACAGAAAAACGCUGAAAGUUUCCAGGAAGCAGCAACUCUGACACUGUUUGCAGGGAGGUGGGUGGCUAAUGCCAGGUGUGGCCAGGGGACUGCAGAAGAGGGUCCUGGAUUUGGCCUGGGGAGGGAGAGCCCAGGUGAAUCUGCAGAGCAGGGAGGCCCAGGCGUGGCCGUAGUCCAGCGGGUGUCACCGGAGGACUGAUCAGCUGCUCUAGAAGGCAGCGCGGUCCUGGCCGAGCCACACGGGUCCUUCCCCGACCAGCUGGCACGUUAUCCAGACGGUGGCGAGGACACGGCAUCCACGCGAAACCUGUGAGGCUGCCAGGCCUCGAUCUGGGGCGAAGCCUUGAAUUUUCCUCUUGGCAGAGCCGGACUCGGAGGAACACCAGCUGCCAACACAGCAGAAGGAAAACCUGUUUCCUUUACGUUCGUAGGAAGAAAACUAAAGUUCAGAACAAGCGCCUGAUAAACCACUAGGCAGACUCAUCAAGAAGAAGAGGGAGAGGACUCGACUCCAUAGAAUCAGAAAUGAAAAAGGAGAAGUUACAGCAGACACCGCAGAAAUACAAGGCAUCCUGAGAGACUGCUACAAGCAACCGCGUGUCGAUAAAAUGGACAACCUGGAAGAAAUGCACAAAUUCUUAGAAAGGUAUAACCUUGCAAGACUGACAGGAAGAAAUAGAAAAUAUGAACAGACCAAUCACAAGUAAGGAAAUUGAAACCGUGAUUAAAAAUCUUCCAGCAAACAAAAGUCCAGGACCAGAUGGCUUCGCAGACGAAUUCUAUCAAACAUUUAAAGAAGAGCUAACACCCACCCUUCUCAAACUCUUCCAAAAAAUUACAGAGGAAGGAACACUCCCAAACUCAUUGUAUGAGGCCACCAUCACCCUGAUACCAAAACCAGACAAAGGUACUACAAAAAAAGAAAAUUACAGACCAAUAGCACUGAUGAAUAUAGAUGCAAAAAUCCUCAACAAAAUACUAGCAAACAGAAUCCAACAACACAUUAAAAGGAUCAUACACCAUGAUCAAGUGGGAUUUAUCCCAGG